AUGAAUUUUUCUUGCUUGAAGUUCCUACUUCAUACCGAUUUAUUUAUCCUUUAUUACGGAGGCAAUCCCCCUAGAGGCUCAAGGGCGAUACACUCCAGUGGAUCAGAUAUCAAAGGAGGCAGGAGGCCAAUUAUCAUCAUGAUUGACCUAUCAGAAGCGAGGACCGAAGCCUUUGGACUCAGUGACCCCGGAGCUUUGAUGGAAUCCAAACAGAAGGGGCGACCCUCACACCCCGGGGAUGGUGUCGGCCUCCAAUAUGAGCCAGGUGACCUUAACCCAGGUGGGCUACACCAGCUCCGGGACCUACAGGUGCGAAGUUUCCACCGAGGCGCCCAACUUCGAGACCAGCCUCCAAAGCAAGAACAUGACCGUCCUAGGUAA